AUUGUUUGGUUCAAAACUAGAUGCCUUAAUAGAGAGUCUACAAGGAGGGAAAUCUAAGACUCUGCCUCAGGACAGACCAAGGGCAUUAAAGAGAAAUUUUUUUCGUUAUAGAUCAAGGAGCAGAUCACCAAGAUCUAAGCGACCAAGGUUGCCCUUUCGGAAUAGAGAGUUCUUCAGGGGUUCCAGGAGAACAAGAACGACUGAGUCAGGUAGAGACAAUAAGCAGAGAGCCAAGACCAAGGACACAAGUAGUAAGAAGUGGGAAUUCUGACGCCAGGCCUCAACCAAAGAAGGUGGGGGGCCGAUUAUCUCAAUUUUUUCACCAAUGGCAGAAAACCACAACAGACAGAUGGGUUCUGCAAACAAUCAAAGAAGGAUACCAAAUAGAAUUUUUUCACAAGCCACCAGAAAGGUUUAUAGUCUCGCAUCAAAGAGACAAAACAUUUCAAACAGCGGUAAAAGACUUUAUUCAUAUGGACGUUUUGGAAGAGGUAAACCCUUCAGAGCAAAAGAGGGGGAUAUAUUCCACAAUGUUCCUGGUACCCAAGACCAGCGGCAAAGUAAGACUGGUUAUCGAUUUAAGGUACCUGAACAAAUUUAUAGAAAAGAAGAAGUUCCGAAUGGAGACUAUAAGGUCAGUCCAAAAUUUGCUCAACAAAAAAGAUCUGAUGGUAACUAUCGAUCUAAGGGAUGCUUAUCUGCAUGUGCCAAUUCAUGUGGAAAGCAGAAAAUAUCUGAGAGUGGCGGUAUUCCUGGAUGGGAAUCUCAAGCAUUUUCAGUUCAAGGCAUUACCCUUCGGCAUAACAUCAGCACCAAGGGUAUUUACAAAAAUCAUCGUGGUGUUGGCAGCGGCCUUGAGGAAGGAGGGUAUUUACGUCAUACCCUAUCUAGACGAUUGGUUGUUAAAGGCGUCCAACGUCAAAGAAAUGGAAAAAAAUCUACAAAAAACAGUAGAGAUUCUAGAAGCACAUGGCUGGCUGUUGAACAGAGAAAAAUCAAAUUUGCUGCCAUCAACUUCAGUAAAAUUCUUGGGUUUUCACAUCAAUACCAAGAGCAUGAAGAUUAUUCUGCCACAAGAAAAGUUGAACAGGAUUGUUCAAGAGACAAAGUUGAUGAUCAAGAACAAGAGAGUGACAAUUCGCAAAGCGAUGAAACUCCUUGGGCUGUUCACAGCAGCAAUAGAGGCAGUUCCAUGGGCAAAAGCCCGAAUGAGAACCUUGCAAGCAAAAAUUUUGGGAACAUGGAACCGAAAGGUGUCAGGUUUACAAAAAAUCAUGAGAGUGACGGAGAGACUGAAAAAGUCGUUACAGUGGUGGUGUCAACCACACAAUCUGAAAAAGGGGAAGUUAUUUCUUCCAACAGAACCAGUUGUGAUAACGACAGAUGCAUCCCUCCAGGGCUGGGGGGCACAUCUGAGAAAACAUACUGCUCAAGGGCUAUGGUCUGCGAAGAUGAGGUCAGUAUCAUCAAAUUACAGAGAGCUGAAAGCAGUAUGGAAGGCGCUGAAAGUCUUCAAGAGCAAAAUUUGUUCCAAAAAUGUCCUGAUUCAGUCGGACAACAUAUCGGUGGUGGCAUACAUCAAUCACCAAGGUGGAACGAGAUCAAAGAAACUGGCAAGAUUGUGUGCCAAGAUCAUGUCUUGGGCUCAGAACAAGUUAUCACAUAUCAUGGCGAUCCACAUAAGAGGAGUGGACAAUCAGUGGGCGGACCAACUCAGCAGGCAGAAGAGAGUGCCGGGAGAGUGGUCUUUGAAUCAGAAGACCUUCCGAGAGGUAGUCAAACUAUGGGGACAACCUCAGAUCGAUUUGAUGGCCACCAGAAUGAAUCGCAAGUGCAGGAAAUUCUGUUCUAUUUACCGCAAGGACAGACCGACAUUUCUGGAUGCUUUCUCCAUGACUUGGAAAUUUCAUCUAGCAUAUGUAUUUCCUCCAGUACCCAUGAUCCAGAAAGUAAUCAAGAAGGUGAAGCAGGAUCAAGCAAAGGUAAUAGCCAUUAUACCGAGUUGGCCCAGGAGAUCAUGGUACCCAGAACUCUUACAUCUAUCCAGGGGCAGGUACUGGAGUCUACCACUGAGGAAAGAUUUGAUAACUCAGAAGGGGAUGGAAUUUCCGGACUUGAAAAGACUAAAAUUGACAGCAUGGAUGUUGAACGCACAGCAUUGGUAGAUCAAGGGUUGUCUAAAGAAGUAGUUGAAACUCUACUUCAAUCUAGGAAAAAGUCAACAUCUUCUGCAUAUGAAAGAAUCUGGAAGGUGUAUGAUAGGUGGUGUUCCCAGAAAGGGUUUUCUUCGCUUCAGAAGGGAAUUGCUCAGAUCUUACAGUUCUUGCAAGAUGGGUUUGACAAAGGAUUGCAGCCAAACACUUUGAGAGUGCAGGUGUCAGCAUUAUCUGCUCAUUUGAACACAAGGUUAUCCUUAGAACCGAUGGUGAGAAGAUUUCUAACAGCCACUAAACGACUGAGACCGAGAGUUAAAUCAUUUGUUUCUCCAUGGGAUCUUGAUUUUGUCCUUAAUAGAUUAUGUAAACCUCCCUUUGAACCGCUACAAGAAAUUCCAUUGAAGAUGCUGACUCUUAAAACGGUUUUUCUCACAGCAAUAACAUCAGCUAGGAGAAUAGGAGAGAUACAGGCAUUGGGAGCCUCGGAUCCAUAUAUAGUUUUUUUCUCAGACAAAGUAUGUUUGAGGACUUUACCAUUUUUUAUACCUAAAGUACCAACAUCGUGGUGUACAGAUGAAGUGAUAAAUCUACCAAUAUUUUUUCCGGAGCCAAAAGACGAUGCUGAGAGGUUACUUCACAGUCUUGACCUGAAGAGAUGUUUGAUGAUGUAUCUAGAAAGAACAAAACAGCUGAGAAAAUCAGAUCAUCUCUUUAUUCUCUUUAGUGGGAAGAACAAAGGAAAUAAGGCUUCAAAGGCAUCGAUUGCGAGAUGGCUCAAAGAAACAAUUACAACUGUUUAUGUAUUGGAAAAUAGAGAACCUCCAAAGGUUACAAAGGCACAUUCAACGAGAGGUAUAGCGACAUCCUGGGCAGAGAGAGCUUGUGCAUCACCUCAGGAUAUCUGCAAAGCAGCAACUUGGAGCAGUUUGCAUACGUUUGUGAAGCAUUACAGACUAGACAUCUUGUCAGCACGUGAUACAGCUUUUGGCAGCAAGGAGGAACUGGAGUUUAACCCUUGGUGUGCUGCCUUACGGACUAAUGGAAAAGAAAAUUCCACUGCGACAGUCGGAAUCCAGCUCCCUAUCUGAGAUUUACAAGCGUCCUGAUGGUCGGCUGACCAAAGAUGUGCUCCUCGGAGAUGUGCUCCUUACCUUGAAGACUGGAGAUGUCUUCAAGGUAAGGGACCACAAAACGGCUUAAAUAGUUCUGCACUGAAUUCAGUAUCUUCCCAAAAUGCCUUGUUGUAGCUAAAACCAAGUGUAAGUUAAACUUUUCUGUCUGUAUUACAGGGACGACACCAUAGGAAAGGUAUGGUGGCCGUGAAGAUCGCCAACAUCAGUCGGGUAAUGCAUAUUUAUACUUCCAUUUUUUA